AUGGCUGCCCAAGCGACGUUCAAAUCCAUCAAGUCUUUGGUCCCUCUUUUCGACCGCGUCCUUGUUCAGCGGUUCAAGGCAGAGACGAAAACCGCGACUGGUAUCUUCUUACCGACGUCUGCUACGAACAGCCCCCUUCCUGAGGCAACUGUCAUUGCUGUUGGCCCCGGUGCCCUGGAUAGGGAUGGCAAGCUUGUGCCGACGUCCGUCAAGGCUGGCGACCGUGUCUUGCUGCCCGGCUGGGGAGGUAGCCCAAUCAAGGUUGGCGACGAGGAAUACCACCUCUUCAAGGACUCGGAGAUCCUCGCCAAGAUACAGGAGUAG